UCGGUGCGUUUGGUCGGGCUGGCUUUCGGUCCCGAGGCCGAGAGGGGGCUGGGGAGGGAUCGCAUCCUGGGCGGGAACUGCGAGAACCUCCCCUUAAAAGAGAGAGAAGAAAGCAUAGAAGCCCCUCUUCUCUCCUUUGUAGUCUCAGUUACAGUCAAGGGUGUCCGAUUUCGGGCCCCGGCGGCGAUCAGAGUCCCGCCCGCGCCACCACCACCACCCCCCCCCCGCCCUGCCCUCGCGCCCUCCUCCUUCUGCCGCUGCAAGGGGAAGUAUGAAGGGGAGUUGCCGCCGCCGCAGCAGCAUCAGGAGGAGGCGCGCCCAGGAAAGCGCCGGGGACCCCAGGGCGGCUGCAGCUGCCAUCUGAGCCCGGGGCGCGAACCACGCCGGAGCGGCCCUGCUCUCUCCACGCCGGAGCCCUCGCAGCGAGCUCGCCCCCUGCCUGUUCGGAAGAAAGAGAGCGGCACGAGUCCGCCGGCCGCCUUCCCUGGGGAUUUGGAUUCGGCCAGGUGGAUCCGCCCUGCAGCCCCGCGCGGGACCGCGGAGACUUCAAGGAGCCUCGGAGCUUCCGAAGCAGAAAGCGAAGCGGUUCCAAGGGAAGGGGGCGGGAGGGGGGGAGAAGAGGCUGCCAUCGGAGGAGGAGGAGGCGGCGGCGCUGGCGAUCUGGAAAUGUCCUGUCCCUGCUGCAGCCUGGUUAGAUACCUGUUCCUAGCCCUGCUGUUGCACGGGCUAGGAGAAGGUUCUGCACUUCUGCACCCAGACAGCAGGUCCCACCCUCGAUCACUGGAGAAAAAUGCAUGGCGAACUUUCAAGGAAUCACAAUGUCAUCACAUGCUGAAACAUCUUCACAGUGGGGCCCGGAUCACUGUGCAGAUGCCUCCAACAAUUGAGGGCCAUUGGGUUUCAACUGGUUGUGAAGUUAGGUCUGGCCCAGAAUUCAUCACAAGAUCGUAUAGAUUCUACCACAAUAAUACAUUCAAAGCCUACCAGUUUUAUUAUGGAGGUAACCGCUGCACAAACCCGAUAUAUACUUUAGUUGUCCGUGGUAAAGUUCGCCUUCGGCAAGCAUCAUGGAUCAUUCGCGGGGGAACUGAAGCUGAUUACCAACUGCACAACAUACAGAUCAUCUGUCACAAUGAGGCAGUGGCUGGAAGUCUAAGCCAGCUGGUCAAUCGUACAUGUUCUGGAUUUAUACCAGAAGACAAACCUUGGGAGCAGAAUGUGAGCUAUGACAUAUGGAGAGAAGAAAAUGGCUAUGAAUGCAUCAGAGCUCUGAAUUUUGCCAUGCAUGAACUUCAGUUGAUUCGUGUAGAGAAGCAAUACCUUCACCAUAACUUAGACCACUUAGUAGAAGAGCUAUUUCUUGGAGAUAUUCACACUGAUCCUGCUCAGAGGAUGUAUUAUCGUCCAUCUAGCUACCAGCCCCCUUUACAAAAUGCCAAGAACCAUGACCAUUCAUGUAUAGCAUGCAGGAUCAUCUAUCGCUCAGAUGAACACCACCCUCCAAUUUUACCUCCAAAGGCUGAUUUGACGAUUGGAUUACAUGGAGAAUGGGUGAGCCAACGCUGCGAAGUUCGUCCUGAAGUGCUUUUUCUCACCCGGCACUUCAUUUUUCAUGACAACAACAACACUUGGGAAGGUCACUACUACCAUUACUCUGACCCAAUAUGCAAGCACCCUACUUUCACUAUCUAUGCCAAGGGUCGUUACAGUCGAGGAGUGCAUUCAUCCAAAGUGAUGGGCGGAACAGAAUUUGUGUUCAAAGUGAAUCACAUGAAGGUCACUCCCAUGGACAUAGCUACUGCCUCUCUAUUGAAUGUCUUCAACGGAAAUGAGUGUGGGGCCGAAGGAUCGUGGCAAGUCGGGGUACAGCAGGAUGUUACUCACACCAACGGCUGUGUUGCUUUGGGGAUCCGUCUUCCUCAUACGGAGUACGAAAUCUUCAAAAUGGAACAGGAUGUGAAGGGAAGAUACCUGCUGUACAAUGGCCAAAGACCUAGUGAUGGAUCCAGCCCAGACAGGCCAGAGAAGAGAGCCACAUCAUAUCAGAUGCCCUUAAUUCAAUGUACUUCAUCAACCCCAAAAGCAGACGGAUCAUCAGAAGAAAAUAAAUUAGGCUGGUACAGCAGUGGAACAACAGCCAAAAAUCCUUGGGCAUUUGUUUUGGCUAUGAUGCUGAGUGUUUGUACUGUUUCUCACUUGGUUAUUUACAACUAGGAGUUGGGAUUAUACACAUUUUCAGAUCAGGAACCAGGAUUGUGCAUGCAUCAGGAUUCCAGAGGAUAUAAAAGAAUGAGGCAUUUUUUUCCAGACACAAAAAGAGUUUUGCGUGAUACACAAGUGCCCAAGAAGUGCUUCCUUCCUUGAGUUUUGUUUUGAACAUCAACCAUCUGAUCUAUGGCCUGACAUGACUGCACAACAGUAAUUGCACUUUAAGACUGCUGAUUUUUUCUCUUACUUGGUUACUUUUUAGGAGGAUAUACUAGGAUGAAUUUAAACAUAUAGCUUUUGUUUCCCCGGCCAAUGUUGGUGUUGUUCAUCCUAAACCCAAAGCUGUUGUACUUGGAGUUCAUCGGGAAUUAUGCUUUUAUCGUAUUGUGUCAAUACUGGUAAUUUGCAUCAUUCUUAUGCUCAAGUGUAUAUAUGUAUAUAUGAGAAAUCCAAGCCAGGAUGUGUCUAAAUACAUUUUCAUAAAGGCUUUACAUAAAAUAUUGAGAGAUCUUUUAUGUCAGCAAUACUGACAGGAAAGUAUCUCAGAUUAAAACAUGCAGAGAUAAUUUAAAAUAUUUUCAUAUAUAACCAUUGAAUUUGAGAAUAAUCAAAAGAUUUAGGUGGGCAUUCAGCACAAGCAUUCUCUCGUACUUGUCUCAAAACAGGUUUUUAAUUGUAAAAAAUUCUGGGGUCUAUCAGUUGGUUAUAAUCAGAUUUUUUAAAGCAAAGCAACGUGAAGAAAAUGAUAGAUGUCUCAAGUACUAAGGAAAUAAAUCCAGAGGGGCUUGUGUUGUAUUUUUUACAAAAGGCUAAGUGAAUGGAAUGCCUAUCAUGCAUUGUGCUUAUCUUGAAUCUCAAUUCAUUAAACUGGGCAAUUCAAUGAAGUAGUCAGGGCAAAUCUACUCUCCCGUAGAAGCAUAAUUUUUACAAGAGACAUAAAAAUUCACAAUAGGUUGUGGUUUAAAAAAAUUGAACAUUAGCAGCCAGCAGGAUGUCAGCCAAGUUUGGAACGGAGAAAAACUGAUGAGUAUUUAAUUUUAAAAAUUAUUCAGUGGGACUGGGACACAGAUCCUUAUGAACCUUUCCAAUUUAGCUUAACAGUAGCCCUUUCACAAACUACCAAUAUAAUACACUGUCUGAAACGCUGCCUUUUUAAAAAACAGAAGCUUUUAGGUCAAGUGAGAGCACACACUUCCACUCCUGAGACACGUAAGAGCAUUUACACAAGCAUAGGUAACUCAAGAUGUAAUAUGGCCCAUGGCAGGGGUCGGCAACCUUUAGCACCCAAAGAGCCAUUUGGCCCAGCCUCCCCAAGCCCUGCCUUCAGCCAAGCGAGUGGGAUAGAUAGCGGCAGCGAUGCCAACAAUGGCAAGUCGUACUUGGGAUGCGGCGAGCAUGCCUCCUUCCCCACCCCCUCCUUCCUUCCUCCCUCCCUCCAGCGUCCUCUCCUUCCCAGGUGCCAGACGAGGGAAGGAGGGGAAAAGACGAGGGAGGGAGGAAGGAAGGAAGGCACGCUUGUUGCGUCCCAAGUGCAACUUGCCAUCGUUAGCGUUUCCACUGCGAAGCUGCAGUAUGAGGACGACAGAGCCGCAUGUGGCUCCAGAGCCGCGGGUUGCCGACCCCUGGCCUAUGGUCUGUCACCAUGCGCUAUCAUUUUUAGUACAAUAUAAAAUGUCGCACUGCCUAAGGCAAGAUGUAACAGUAAGAGGUACAGUAGUACAUUCCUGAAACCCAUUGCAUAUUUAAAACAAUUGAGUUUUGAUCAUGUGCAGCAGAUGCUGAAUCCAUAAAAAUCUAGUUUAGGGAAUCAGGAUUGCUGUAAAAGAACUAAAUCACAUUGAUUUCAACAGUUCUUAUAGCUGUGCUGAAGCCUAGCUUACUAGGCUUGAAAAUGUGGGUAAACACACAAGCAGCAAAGAUUAUUUGGCAAAUUCAAGAAAUCUAGCUUGAGACAGGUCACAGGAUGCUUAGAAACUGAAAACUCAUCACAUUUGGGGGGCUGAAGUCCAGCUGCAGUUGAUAACCUUCAAACUCUUUUUAAAAAGUUCCUCAAAAUACAAAACAUGUUCAUCUAAAGUUUCUGAAUGUUGAUCAUUACGUAACUAUAAACUUGCAUUGUUAAAUAUGUAAGAGUGAAGCUAAGAGAAUUUGAAGGAGUAAGCAGUAAUUAAUUGUACCAGACAUUAGCUGGCAGAAAUCUGGACUCUUCCAACUUUGUACAGAUUCACAAUGCAAGGCUUCUCUCCCUCACCAAAAUCCUAGAUCCUGGUAGUCAUACGCAGGAGCUACUGCCAUCAGAGUUCCAGCUCUGAAGGCAGAGGUCUGCUGUACACCUGAUUCCUCCAGCUAGGUGAUCAGCCUCAUGUUUUUAAAUUAUUUUCCAAAUGCUUCCAGUGUUAGACAAAACAGGAAGCACAGGAAUAAGGAAAACAGAAGCCUAUUUUGCUGCAGAGUUCCUCCACUCUUCUGUAACAACUAUUCAGGGCUGGGAUUGCUCUUCCCCAGUCUCCCAGCCCUGUGCCUGAUGGAGAAGUGACUGAAAACCCCUCAUCGUGUUUGGUAUGUGCACAAUAUGCAUGUAUGCAUUGGUUUUUUGUCUAUUUCACUGACAUUUAUUCAGUUUCUCCUGCUGAAGUUCAGAACUUCUCCCCUUUAUAAAUUCCCAACCAUUUGUGGGUUUUGGUGAUAGUAGACUUGGUCUGUCUUUGAACAGUUUCAGGACUUAAUGCUAAGAUUCACUGCAAAACCUUCCGGUGAAGUUUUAUGCUUCUUCAAUCCAGCUAACUACUAAUAUUUAAACAUAGUUUUCUAAACAGUACUAUUUUCAACUGUAGCAAGCACUUACCUGCUUGCAUAGCUAUGACUUAUGGUUUUAGUUUAACGAUGUUCACUAAGCAACAGUAAUUAUGCCACCAAACUUCUGAAUUGGGGAAAUCUUACUAAGUUUGGAUCCUUAAGCCCAAUGAGCAAUUUCCCUUCCCACAAACAUGUACAGUGGUUUGCAGAGCCUCUUACCCUUAAUAAACUGGUCAAAGAGGCAAAAACCAGCCUUAAUGCGUCCUGGUGAGAAAGGAUGCUGUAAAACCGCUGAGGAGCAUCCAAGCAUUAGGGUACAUCCUAAAAGGAUUCUCCUAUUACUAGCUAGCUGUCCAUUCUUCCCUUCCCUGCUAUAAUAAAUUUGCCUGGGCAGGAAUGGGGGUAGGAAAGAAGGAUGUGGAGCAAAUUUUCAUGGGGUUUCAUCUUUCCAUUUGCUGAAAACACUGAGGCAGUAGUCAGACAUUAUAACCAACUGCAGUCAAGCUUCCAAUUGAGGUCUCUCUCUCUCUCUCUCUCUCUCUCUCUCUCUCUCUCUGUGUGCGUGUGUGUGUGUGUGCGCGCGCACAACCCCUCAUUCUUCCUACCUCCUUGUACAUGGAGAUUGAUUGAAAACUUCCUGGGUUAUUCAAGCUCCAACAUGAGAUCUAAAUGCAUUUACCUCAAAAAAUUGCCUGUGUGUUCCUCAAGGGAUUCUAGUUUAAAUCUCAGCAACUGAAGCUUGAGUUGAUAAAACUGGAGUAUGUUGUUUGAUCUCUGUGUGGUGAGCAACAGGGAGAAAUGCAUGCUGCAAUCAACCAUUUUUUGUUUGAGGAGUUAAUGGCAGUGUGGUGUGUCUGAGUGCAGAGCUGGAACAAGCAUACCCAACGCUAAAAAGAAUCUGCAAUUAAAAAAAAUAAGAGCAGUUGCUUUUACUGCUCAACAUUCCAGAUAUGAGGCACCAUUAACACUUAUAACAAUGUAACAUUUACAAUCUUCAAGCGUUACAAACUCUAAUAAAAAUAGACCUCUCCAGUCAAUUGUCCAUUUAAAUCUUACUGAGAAAGAAGCUGAACCGGCUAGAAAGUUUUACACGUAAUAUAUAUUGGUUCUGGAUAGAAUCCUUAAGAAACAGAAAACAGCAGGGUCAACUGAUGCACAACCAGUCACACACUGAGGAGAAAACACCAGACCACUUUUAAAAGCAGGACUGUAAUCACUGCAUAUAAACCUCUCAGACACUGGAAAUGUCUCUCAUGUUGUCUCUCUUCCUGGUAUUAAUUUUCACCAUCUGCUAGUGGAAGGAGCAGCAGAAAGGAAUCCAGUCAUUCUGAAGCUAGACUGCUAUGCUGCUGCAAACAUGCAGUUCUCUUCAACUUUGGUAACUACAGCACUUUUGAGUAUGCAAAAGUGAGAAUUCUUUGUAUGCAUUUGGCUCUGCGUUUCAGAUUGUGGAACUACGCAUGCUGUCAUCAGUUGGAUUAUUCCCAAAAUGGCAUCCUGCUAUAAAGGAUUUGAUUUUAAAGGCUGUUGCACAUUUGCAGAAAGCCCCAGAAUUGUUUCUAAUAUAUGCUUUAUUUUUGUAACAUUAUAAAAAGCUAUUUUGUUUCCUAGCAUUGUUUUACAGAUUUUACAGUUUGAGAAAUUUGAGCACUUGUUUAAAAUAAAUUGUAAAUGAUACUGAAAUUCUUCAGUAUUUUUUCAGUAA